GGCCCGCCUCCUCCAACUCCAACGGCCCCCAUCGCGCCUCCUCCCGCCCGCCGCGGUACGAGGCAGGCUGACAGGUGGGGGCCGCCACGCCGCCGGUAUAUAUACCGGUGUCGGUGUGCCCCCUCUGUCCAUCCUCCUCCCACCGCCACAUCUCCCCCAUCUGCCACGGAUCGCUCGCCGGAGACGCCCGCCGCCACAGAUCGCCCGCAGGAGACGCCCACCGCCCCUGAUCGCUCGCCGGAGGUGCCCACCGCCCCAGAUCGCUCGCAGGAGACGCCCACCACCACCGGUUGGACCUCCUGGUUAUCCAUGGCCGCCGUUCUCCGCGGUGCUCGCGCUGGCCGUGGCGGCCCUGGCCGCGCUCAGGGGAGGCAGAGGGGCGCCGCCGUGCAGCAGGCCCCGGCCCAGGCAGCAGCCCCCGUCCUCAACCCCAACCCCAACCCCCAACAGGUAGAUCAGCAUUUAGCACUUUUUUGGACAACGGUGAUGGAGAACCUGAAAGAUCAGGAUCAGGAAGGCAUCAAAUUUUAUGAAUUCCUUCAAAAGUCCGCGUUAGUUGAUCCCAUGGAGUUGAUGAAGUUCGGUAUUUCGGAUGGUCUCGCUGCCCAGCGACCAGAGGAGGUUAUCAAGCUCAGAAGCGUGACUGAUGUGUUCAAUAACAUGAUGCCAAUCAGGCAAAGGUACCUCUAUAAAUACAUACAUGGUGAGCGGGGUAGUGGAGAGAUUACUAAGAUGGAGAAACGUUUGAGGAAGGGAGUAGAACUAUCUGAUCAGAAAAUACAGGAUAUCAGGGAUGGGAACGCAUUCUGCCCUCAACGGUCCAAGCUCUUCGACAACUACCCGAGGCCCCUUAAGAACUAAUAAAUGUGUCCUGCAAGACUGUAAAAACCAUGGCGUCUUCCAGGAGUCAGCAAUUGCCCUUGCCUGCGAGUUGAAACUGUCUACGAGGACACAAGAUUCAGCAAUUGCCCUUGCCUGUGACUUGAAACUGUCUACACAAGGACACGAAAGAUUCUGGAUCAUUACACUUGAAUGUGCUUAUUGCUUUGCGUGCAAAACUUCUUGAUAGAUGAUAGUCUUAUUGUAAAACUUUGACUAGUAUAGCGUCAGCAUGGCGUCAGUAUUCAGCAAAUAUGGCGUCAGUAUAGCCAGUGAAUUUUGCAUGGAAAUAACAGUGUAGUUCAUAUAGAUGCACAGUGCAAAUAGAAAUGUGUGAUAUGUCUGUGGCU